AUGGACGACAAAACCGGCGUUCCCCAGGAUGUGGUCGUGGGCGAGGACCUGGAGCGUCACGAGUCCAAGGAUAGCGAGGUGAAGUGGAACAUGCUCAUUGUCGAGGCCACAGAGGCCGAGGUCGUCGAAAAGGGCAUGCCCCUGUGGACAGCCAUCAAGCUUUAUCGACGUGGUGUGCGGUGGUCUAUGGCCAUCUCGCUCUGUCUGAUCAUGACAGGGUUUCAAGCGUCGUUGUUAUCCGUCAUCAUAGCCCUCCCCAUAUUCCGUGAACGAUACGGCCGCUACGAUAACAAGAAGCACGGUUACCAACUGACUGCGCAAUGGCAAACUAUGCUAGGAUUGGGAGCGAGCUUUGGCGAGUUUGUAGGCAUCUUCAUCGCGGCUUGGUGUCAGGACCGCUGGGGCUGUCAACGCACUAUCCAGCUAGGACUCAUUGGCAUUACCGCCUUUGUGUUUGUCGUCUUUUUUGCACCUAGCGUGCAGGUACUGUUCCUUGGCGAGUUCCUUUGCGGCAUGCCGUGGGGUGCCUUUUCCUCGGCGAGUUUCGUGCUGAUCUCGGAAGCGACGAUCCCUAACCACCUCGCAGUCGGCUGUUGCCUGGUCGGUGCUGGCGUUGUGAUGGGACUGGACGGCCGCAAGGACAAGUGGGCGUACAAGUGGGUUUGGCCCAUCCCAAUCUUCAUCCUGGUGACUCUGGCUCCUGAAUCUCCAUGGUGGCUUGUUCGUCGGAACAAGCUCAGACGGGCAGAGAAGAGUGUGCGUCGCCUCCUGUCCCAUGCACACCGCAACGAUGACGCGGUCGAGGGUAUUGUUGCCAUGAUGGUCCGCACCAACCAGCACGAAAAGGAGACUACAAAGGAGAUCAGAACUUGGGACCUCUGGAAGGGGACGAAUGCCCGCCGCACAGAAAUUGCGUCCGGCCUCUCCACGACCGAGUCUGUCAGGAUCAACCUCGGGUUACGUGGUUUGGCGAUCGUCGGCACCGUCUGUUCCUGGUUUGCCUUUCCCUACAUUGGCCGCCGAACCAUGUUCCUGUGGGGUCUCGCAAUCAACAAUCUCUGCAUCCUCGGCGUCGGCCUCCUCACCUUUGCUGUCAAUACGCACCCCGCAGCCUCUUGGGGAAUGGCUGGGCUCCUCUGUGUUUGGACGGCCGUAUACGAUUUCUCCGUCGCCUCGACCGCGUGCGUCAUUGUGGGUGAAGUGUCAUCGACUCGCCUCAGAGCCAAGACCGUCAGUAUCGCCCGCAACGCACACAACGCUUCGUUCCUCCUCGCCGGUGUUCUCAACACGUACAUGCUGAAUGCAACGGCCUGGAAUUGGGGAAGCAAGGCCGGCUUCUUCUGGUUUGGCACGGGCAUGUGCUGUUUCGUUUGGGCGUUCUUCCGGCUCCCGGAAACUAAAGGCCGGUCGUUCCGCGAGCUGGAUAUUCUCUUUGAGCGUGGAGUUCCGACGCGAGAGUUCAAGAACGUGUCCAUUGAGGUAACGGACGAGGCGUAA